CGAUCUUCAAGGUGUAAAGACAAAAAUAGUAUAGCGUCCUAAACAACAAAUUUGAUAUUGUUUUUAUAGCCCUGUAUGCUGAGAUAUUAUUUACAGGUACUAGGUGAUGAUAAAAUUAUAAGAUGGACAAUGAUACAGUUCUAACUACUGGUAAUAUAAAAAUAGAUAACUGGAUUGAAAGAGAAAUACAACUAAAUAUUCUACAUGAGGAAUUAUUAGAACAAAGAGAAAGUCUGUUGAAAAAUACUAAGAAUUACUUUCAAGAGCAAUCUACCAGGCUAGGACCUGGAUCUUCAUUUAGACCAGAUAUAACUAAUAAUGCCACAUUACGCAACAGAUCUUUAUUAGAGGAUAUAGAGUGUUUAGAAGAUAAAAUAGAUCAAGAUAUAAAUAAAGUAGAUACAUCAAGAUUCAUUACACUAAAGAAUAACUACUGGUCCAUGGUGAAAGGAUUAUUACCAAUAUGGGAGGAAACUGUAGGCAUGUCAACUAAAGAUUUGAAAAGUAGUCCACAACCAAGGAGACGCAGAACUCCUCAAGCCAACCGAAGAAUAACAUAGCAAUAGCAUAGCAUACGGACAAUAUAGAUGAGAUUUACCAUGUUGACUGUCUAGUUAUGUAUAUUUAUGUAGGAAGAAGAGGAGAUGGUGUAAUGAAGUUGAAGUAAUAAUAAUUAGUAUUCUUUGAAAAGGUUCUCAAUAAACACAUACGGUGCAUGUAAUGCUCAUUUAUACUCAUAUAGACUAAAAGGAAGAAACUAUCAUUCAGAAAUGCUUCAUAAUCCAAGCUGAUUUCGAAUCCGUCCACCAUGUUUUAAACAUUUAAACUUGCUGUUGGCCUUUCAUAUUUAUAGGAAUUCAUUGGUUUAGUUUAUACUCAAAGCAAUUUAUAUAAAGCAUUCUUUCCAUUGGUGUAGAUAUCUUUUUAAAACUGUAAUCAUAUCAGAAUUUUUAUCAGGUAAUGAUGACUUUUUUUUGCUAUUUCUACAUCACACGUGAACAAUGCUACUAUAACAGAUGGAAAGUUAUAUAAUUUCAUGGUCCAUGGUCAAAUUUUUUAUACUAAUGUCACCUGAUUAAGCUGUCUGUCAUGAAUAUAAAUAAUUUUGUACAGAUUUUUAUUGUUGUAUAUUGUCACAAAAAUACUCUAUACUAGAUUGUUUCAUGUUUUGUUGUCUAUAGAAUUUAUAAAAAUUACAAUAUAUUGUGUUAUAAGCCUACUUUGAACUAGUUAAUUUGUUUUUACCUAAAAAUAGUAUGUUGAAAUGAUAGAUGCAUGGAAAUAUAGAUUGUGAUAAAUUAUUUGGUUUUAUAUAAGACUUGAACAACAUUCAGAAGUGAGGAGUACAUAUCACAAACACAAGACAAUAUUAUUAAUAAGCACACUUCUUUAAUAAACUUAUUAAACAC